UAUUUUUGAUUUUUAGGUUAUCCAACUUUCAAUUUAAUUUGUUUACUUGUCUAAUAAACUGGAUAAUUAAAAUGCCUGUAGAUAUAAAAGAACUUACCGAAGGAUGGCUCGAACUAGAAAGUGAUCCAGGUCUAUUCACUCUUCUUUUAGAAGAUUUCGGGGUUAAAGGUGUACAAGUGGAAGAAAUAUACGACCUAAACAAGCCAUUAGAUAGUCCAGUUUAUGGUUUUAUUUUUUUAUUUCGGUGGGUGGAAGAGAGGAGGUCACGGCGUAAAGUCGUGGAACAAAAUGAAACUUUCGUUAAGGAUGAAGAUAUUGUGAAUAAUAUAUUUUUUGCUCAACAAAUGGUACCAAAUAGUUGUGCAACUCAUGCAUUGAUUUCAAUUUUAUUAAAUUGUCCAAAUAUACAUUUGGGAGAGACGCUUGCUAGGCUAAAAGCUCAUACACAAGGUAUGAGUCCUGACAAUAAAGGUUGGGCAAUAGGAAAUACCCCAGAGCUAGCUUGUGCACAUAAUUCACAUGCAAUGCCACAAGCGAAAAGAAGAUUGGAAAAAGGAAGUGGUGUAACAACUGGGCGCUUCACAGGAGAAGCAUUUCAUUUUGUAAGUUUUGUCCCAAUUGGAGGAAGGUUAUUUGAACUAGAUGGAUUAAAACCUUACCCUAUAGAUCAUGGUCCAUGUAAUGAUAUGGAAUGGACAGAUAAAUUUAGGAGUGUUAUUACAGAUAGAUUAGGUAUAACUGCAGAUGAAUAUAAUGAAAUAAGAUUUAAUUUAAUGGCUGUAGUUCCCGAUAGACGAUUAGCCAUCCAGCAUAAGCUUAAAAUGUUAAGAACAAAUAAACAGAUAGUUUUAGAUGCCCUACAGCAUUUAGUUAAAAUUAAAGAUAAGGGAGGUGGAAUCAAAAAUGAAACUUCUAUACAAGCUGGAAAACAUUCUAUAACUAAUAACGUUGAUGAAUCUGCAGAAUCAACUAAAGAAGAAAUCUCUGAAGAAGAAGCAAAAAAUACUAAACCUGAAACAUCAUCUACUACUAGUAAAGUUACUCUUUGUCCUUUAGACUAUGCAACACCUUUAACAAUACAAACUUCACCUGCUCCCAGUACAUCAGGUACUGAUACUCCUUCUGAUCUCGGAUCUGCUUUCAAUUCUCCUACACAAACAUGGAAUUGGGCUAACUCUGCAGCUGGUCAAAAUAGUCCUACUUCAAAGGAUUUAAAACGGUUUGUUGUUCUCAGAAUGGCUGAACAAGAAGAUAAUGAAAAAAGUGUUUCUAGAAUUAAUACUGAAGCUCCAGAACACAAAUCUGGCCGAGGUCAUGCUAGAGUACAUACAAGUGAUGGAGAUCCUGUAAUAGCAGAGAAGAAAAAUCAAGAGCUUCUAGAGCCACACACUUUUGCUCCUAAAGACCUUCUGGCAUUACUACGUAACCUCGAAAAUGAAAUCUGCAUGUGUGAGAUGAGUUUGAAAGAUGAAAAUGACAAACAGAACAAAUAUAAGGUAGAUGAUAGUAGAAGAACUCAUAAUUAUGAUGAAUUUAUUUGUACCUUCCUUUCAAUGUUAGCUGAACAAGGAAAAUUGGCUGAUCUAGUUGAAUUAAAUCUUGUUGUACCAAAGAGACCUAACAAUUCUACUCCUGUACCCAAAGCAACUAAAAAGAAGAAAGAUGGAGGAAAAAGAAAGAAAAAAGGGAGAUCCAAAGUGAAAAAAAGACGUUAAUAUUUUUUUUACUUUAUUUAUUUUCUUUUUACUUAUACUUUAUACACUUAUUAUAUAUUUACUAAAUAAAAAUGCUAUACACAAUGUUAUUGAGUUACAAUCCCCCUCCAGAUCUGUCUGCUCAAAAUGAACUAAUUAAUAUAUCGUCAUGUGGUUUUCCCCCCAUAGAUUUAUAAGAAAAGUUAAGGUUGACAAAUAUCAAUUGUAGGAAGUGUUGAAAAAAUCUAACUAUCUGGGAGUUUCCAUUGUGAAUUCUGCUUAGCCCCUUUAAGAUGUGAGAAAGCAAUACUUGGUGUGGGGUUGUUAUCAACCCGAAGAUAAUAAAAAGCCAAUAUGAACUAAGUUGAACCGACACAAGGUUGGACAAGGUUGAUAGAAACCAAAAUUACGUUCAUAAUGUUUUACAUUUAAAAGUUAGUUUAGGAAAAGGCGUGAAUUGUUUACUAUUAGUCUCAGACAAUCAUAAGCAGAGGCCAUGAAGGAAAAUAUAUAUAAAUAGCUAUUAGGCAUAUAAAAUAGUUGUAUUCCCGAUUAGAGUAAGUCUUUACAAUAAUCGCCUGAGUCUAGGAAACAGUUGUUUACAUUAAAUUUGGAUUUCUUCAAGUACAGACAUCAAUGUUUUGGAGUUCACGACAUAUAAACAUGAGUAAUGGCUCUUUUCGUUAAAAAGUUUUGAUUCUUUAAUUAAUUAAUCGAGCCCCUAAAUUAU